CGCGGGCGCGGCCGGUGGCCAUGGCGGAUUAUGAGGCGGUGCAGCGCGGACCGCUGCGGCUGAAGGGCAGCGGGGGAGCCCUGGGGGCGGGCAAGCGGAAGAAGAAGAAGGCCAAAGACAAGGCCCAGAUCCUGGAGCAGAUCGUGAGCAGCAAGAAGCAGGAGGAGGAGAAGAAGCGCGGGUUGGACAAGCGGACCCCGGCGCAGGUGGCCUACGAAAAGAUGCAGGAGAAGCGGCAAAUGGAGCGGAUCCUGAAGAAAGCGUCCAAAACCCACAAGCAGCGAGUGGAGGACUUCAACAGGCACUUGGAUACUCUGACUGAGCAUUACGACAUUCCCAAAGUCAGCUGGACUAAAUGACCGGGCAGCUUUUCACGGCUCUGGAGCUGGAGUUGUGUUUUGUUUGUAUCAAGCAGGGUUGCCAUGUAAAUCUGUCUUUUCUCCAUAUUGUCUAUUACAUCUUCUGAGCUUUUAUGACCUUAUACUGUCUUAUUUUAUAGUCUUGUUUUUUAAAACCAAAUAUCCAGCAAUAUCUCCUCUGGGCUGAGGAGCUCUGGUUUACGUCAAUGCAGAGGGCUGGUUUUUUUAGUGUUUAUAGUGAGAUUAGGGCCAAAACGAAUUGCUGUGAGCCAGAUGGAAAACAUUCGUUUAUUUCUUUGGUUCUAACAGUUCUCCCUUUUUGAAGAGUCUCACAUUUAAGUUUCUCUUGUAAGUUAUGUGAAUUGUAUAAUUACUUUCUAUCAAGUUCUGUCAGAGGCCAUGCUGCAAAAUGUGAAAUAUGUAAAAUCGUUUUACGAAAGGAUAUUCUUUGAUCUUUGUAUACUUUCAAGCCUAAUCAGCAAGAAGGGAGGUUUAAUCCAUGAAAUGGAGAGCAGCCAACAAGCUCUAAGUGAUGUCCAAGUUUUGGUACCUGAUGGGGUGGAUUUCUGGAAUCCCACCGAGCACCCAGGCUUGUGCAACUCUGAAACAAAUUGUCAGUGUGUCUCUUGAGUGUCUAAUUACUGCUCGUUGUGCACUGGGCACUGAAUCCGAUCUUUGUGGAAAACAGUAUCAUUUCUACCUUGAGCUCUUCCGGAGGGCUCAGCUGCAACUUGUAACUUCGAUGUAACUUAUUAAAACGCUGCUUUCAUCCCUUU